AUUUCGUGCAACGCAAGCGCUGCCGACUGUGUCGAACUGUGUCAGGUACCAGGCAGGAGCGAGCUCUGCAAAAGGUCUGAGUAAGGACGAUAUGUUUGUAAGAAAAAUGACAUAAUGUUACUUCUAAAUUUAUAGACAUGUUUCGAAAGAAACAGUUGCACGUAUGUUGGUAAUAGAUUUUCAAGAUGCGUAGAGGUUUGAUGCAAAGUGACAAACAUUUAGUGAAUGUCAUUUGAUAAACGUUACUGAUGAUAUGUAUUAAUAAAAGACGUGACAUUUAUGAAAUAGAUUAACCAUGAAGACUUUUGAAGACGACGAGUUAGAGGAAGAAGGUUCUCAUGCAUUCAUUAAUUUUCCCCCUGAAGUUCAAAGUGCAAUUGAACAGGUCCUGCCAAGUAAUGACCCUCUUGAUCAACCAGACUUCGAUGCUGUUGAUUACAUCAACUCUCAAUUUCCCACUGAGCAAUCACUUUCCAAUAUCGAUGAUGUGAUUGCAAACAUGGAAUGUAAGAUUCGAAGCAUUGAUUCUGAAAUCCGUAGUGUGGUUCGCAGCCAGACCAAUAAGGGCCAGGACGGGCGCGCGGCGCUGGAGGAGGCGCAGCGCGUCAUCCAGCAGCUGUUCGUGCACGUGCGCGACAUCAAGGCGAAGGCCGAGCAGUCGGAGGAGGUGGUGAAGGAGAUCACGCGCGACAUCAAGCAGCUGGACUGCGCCAAGCGCAACCUCACCGCCGCCAUCACCACGCUCAACCACCUGCACAUGCUGGCCGGCGGCGUCGACACCCUGCAGGCGCUGACGGAGAGGCGGCAGUACGGCGAGGUGGCGCUGCCGCUGCAGGCCGUGCUGGAGGUGCUGCGCCACUUCCAGGGCCACCUGCAGGUGCCGCAGGUGCGCAAGCUGGCGGACCAGGUGCAGGCCACGCUGGAGCGCCAGAUCCUGGCCGACUUCCACGAGGCAUUCGGCGGCGGGGGCGGCGGCGGCGGAGGCGGCCCCGGGAGCGGCGGCGGCGGAGGCGGGGGCCCCGCGGGGCCCAAGCACGGCGGCGCCGCGCCCUCGAAGCAGCUGGCCGAUGCGUGCCGCGUGCUCUCCGUGCUGGACCCGCGCGUCAGGCGCGAGCUGUUCAAGUGGUUCGUGGGGCUGCAGCUGGCCGAGUACAAGCACUUGUUCCAAGCGUCGCAGGACACGGCCUGGCUGGACAAGGUGGACCGGCGCUACGCCUGGCUCAAGCGCCAUCUGCUGACGUUCGAGGAGAAGCUGGGCCCGCUCUUCCCGCCGCACUGGGAGAUGUCGGAGCGCAUCGCCGUCGAGUUCUGCCACGUGACGCGCGCGGAGCUGUCGGCGCUGAUGCGCCAGCGCCGCGAGGAAAUCGACGUGAAGCUGCUGCUCUUCGCCAUCCAGCGAACAGCCAACCUGGAGGCGCUGUUGGGACGGCGCUUCACUGGUAUCACUCUGCGCGAGGCAGCCACUGCCCCCAUCCCAGCUGCUACCACUUCCUCGCCACCCACCAACCCUGCUGCUGAUGCCACUGAUGCCUCCACUCCUACCACCGCCAUAACUUCAUCGGCCCCCCAGUCUCAGCCCCAGGCUCCAGCAGCGGAUGCCCCGCCCUCAAUGCAGCCACCACCCUCGCCCUUCCAGGGGCUCAUUGGGCGCUGCUUCGAGCCGUAUCUCUACAUCUACAUAGAGAGCCUUGACAGAAACCUCUCUGAGCUGAUUGAUCGGUUUGUCCAAGAUGCCAAACAGCAGCAGUCAGCAGCAUCUUCUGGAGCUCCAGGUGGCAAUGGAGACGGAGCUUUGCCAGGCGAAGGUGGUGGUGCAGUGCUCUCCUCUUGUGCUGAUCUCUUUGUGUUCUAUAAGAAGUGCAUGGUGCAAUGCACACAGCUCAGCACAGGGGAGCCCAUGCUUGGCCUAGCAACCACAUUCCAACGCUACCUGCGCGAAUACGCGAACAAGUUGCUGCUCGGAAGCUUGCCAAAGCUGCGUCGUGUGAGUCCUCCUGGGCCUGCAGGGGCAUCUGCUGGCCUGUCAACUACUGUAAGUCUCUUCAACAGCUUCAUGAAAGAAGAUGAGGUGUUGCGCUUCACUCCUGAGGAACAGGCCCGAGUAUGCAGUGUGCUAACAACAGCCGAGUAUUGCCUGGAGACUACACAACAAUUGGAGCAGAAACUCAAGGAAAAGGUGCAGCCUGAGCUGGCUGAUCGCAUCAGUCUCUCUCAGGAACAGGAUGUAUUUCAUAAUGUCAUAUCCAGCUGCAUUCAGCUCUUGGUACAGGAUCUAGAAGCUGCAUGUGAACCAGCACUGGCUGUCAUGAGUAAGAUCUCAUGGGAAACAACUGAAACUGUAGGGGAUCAAAGUGGAUAUGUAACUGCAGUGACAGCUCAUCUCAAGCAGACUGUUCCUGUUGUGCGUGAGAAUUUGGCAUCGUCACGCAAGUACUUUACUCAAUUUUGCGUGAAGUUUGCCAAUUCAUUCAUUCCAAGCCUUUUGAAGCAGCUGAGCAAGUGCCGCAAUGUGAGCACAGUUGGUGCAGAGCAGCUUUUGCUUGACACACACAUGCUGAAGACAGCGUUGCUGGAACUGCCAUCUUUGGGUUGCUCUGUGUCUCGCAAGGCACCAGCCAGCUACACGAAAGUGGUAGUUCAAGGCAUGGCACGCGCAGAGAUGCUUCUCAAAGUUGUGAUGGUCCCUAGUGAACCAGCAGCAGCAUUUCUGGAACAGUUUUGCAAAUUGCUACCAGAUGCAACAGAAGCUGAAUUGCGGAAGCUCCUGGAAAUGAAGGGAAUGAAGAGCCAUGAAUAUAAAAAUAUUCUGGAUUUAUAUCGCAACCAUCAACAAGCAGCUGGAACAAGCAUACCACUUCCUCUUGUCACCAGCCCUGAGCAUGAAACACGAGGCAUUAAAAAACUUGAAAAAUAUAUUAAAAAGAGGCUGUAAUUAUUGUAUUGGAAAUGUGAGAGUAUCUUUUCACAGAUAUACUGAUUUACAUUACACUGACACAAAGUUCAGUAUAUCUAUAAAAAAAGUAUAUAGCGUUAAAUAUAUUAAAUUGAAGUAGUGAGUCAAAAAACAGAGUUUGGGAUGUAAGAGGUGUAAAUUUUGCUAUUUGUUCUGAAAUGUUUUUGAUCAGUUUUAAGAAACUGUAAAUGUGACAGUGAUUAAUUUAUGUUGCAAUAUUUAAUAUGCAAGGGGAGAGAGAAUCCUAAAAAGAUAAUGUUUAUAAUAUAAAUUUAAAUUCUGUGCUUUGGAACUUGCAUUUUUAGUUCUUUUUUAGAAUUUUCCCUACUAAAUUAUUGUUAUUAGACUUUCUUUGUGAAAAAUAUGAAUUUUGGAUUAAUUAAACUCCUUUUAACUUCAGAUAUUUCAUAAAAAAAAUAUUUUUCUUUUAAAAUUCUAAAUCCUCUAAUUUUAACUGAUAAAUGUGUAUAUUGGUGUGCUCAAACUUAUCUUUUAUACUCCAGGAGGGGAACAGGGUCCAAUUAAUCGUCUAUAAAUAUUUACUGUCUUAAUAUAAUUUUUUUUAAUGCUGAAAUGUAUGGUACUUGAGGUGGAUGACGAAAAUAACUUUUUUGGAAUUUUUCACAAAAUUGCUAAAAAUCACUCUGGUUCUUUGUUAAAAAGUUGAAAACAAAGCAGAAGAUUCCUUUCACAACGUGUAUAGUAGUAUUAUCUGUUGUUAAGCAGUAAAAGAUUACAACUUCCUACUUCAAGUUCUUGUGGCAUUUUGAUAAUGUUUAUCCUGUGUGUAAGUUGCAUUCGUAUUUGAGUUCUCAUAAUUUUAUUGAAAUUUUUUAAUUAUCAUAUGUGAUAGCACUUUCAAAAUGCCAAAACAAAAAUGGAUAUUAAUCUUGUUGCAGAAAAUUUAUUUCUGAUAAGAAUUAAACUUUUUUUUUUUUCAGCUACAGAAAAAUAAAGUGCAGUAAAAAAUAUAUAUUUUAAUUGUGUUUCAUUACAAUUAUGAUUAUAAGGCUUGCAAUCUCGAAAGAACCAUGUGAAUUGAUUUCUCUGUUAAAAAAUUUAUAUUUAGAAUACUGAUAUAUUUUUUUCUUAGACUUCUGAGUAAUGAAGUGUCCCAAAUCGUUUGCAAAGCACUCCUUUUGGAAGUGAUUUGCUUCCACAAUUCUGUUCAAAUAAUGAGAUCUGAAGGCUGAAAAUUUCAGUCACAUGCCUUACCUUUUCCCUCUUACUUAAUGUCUCAGUUUGCAAACAGUUUUGCAUAGUGUUAAUGCAUUCCAUUUCUGCUCAUUAUAAAUUAAGUUUAUAAAUAUGUGAUAUGUGAUAAUUAUUAGAGGAUGUUCUUUGCAUCAGACAAGAUUCAUUCAAGUAUGUGUCAAAGACUUAUUUAUUGUUUGUUGAUUGUAAAUCAUUUCCAUUAUUGAAAGAAGGCAUUAAAAAGACAUCUCAUGUGCAAGAACUGUAAAGAUCUUUGGAUUGAUAUAGUAUUUAUUUAUGAUUUAUUGAAGAAUAGAGAAUGUGAAUUUAAAAAUAAUUUAACACUGAAUGGAAGUUGUGACAAUUUGUAGAAAAUAAAGAGGUUUUUAUUGUUUUCA